AUGAUCCCCAACCAGUUGAGGGUCAGCUCUUCAAUGUCCAGGCAGGAAGAAGAGAUGAUGGAUGGCAGGACUGGCUCUGAGCAGGACAGAGACCAUGCCACUUCACGGCAUGGCCAGGGGCUGAAGUUGGAGCCCUGUUUCCAGACCGACUCUCUCUUGCCUUCCCCCAGUCCAUCUCUGAUAUCACAGCUCCUCAGCCACCGAAUGGCUGGCAGGAGCCUGGAUCCCACCAUCCUUUUCCCCUCCUGCCAGGCAGUGGCCCUGCCUCAGGACUACGAGUGUGGUGCAUCUCCUGGAGAAGGAGCACAAGCCCUGGCUGUCCCCAAAACCUAUGCCUCAGUUUCCAUGUCCUGUGCUGGUGACAGGGACCAGCUCUCUGACCAGCACCUACGAGCCAAGCGGGCCCGUGUGGAGAGCAUCAUCCAAGGCAUGAGCCUUCCACCAGCACCUCUGGCAUUUGGCACCAGCCCGGAGGCAACUUUUGAGCACAAGAGGGAGAGGGGUGGCAAGAUGCCCUGGGAGAGCAAGAGGAAGCUGAAGUCACCCCAGCAGGAGCAGCAGCUGAGGAGGCUUCAGGAGAAGUUCACCCAGGUCUGUGACUCUGAGGACGCUGCCCAAACCCAGGAAGGGGCUGAGAAAGCUCAUCCACUGCCUGGGAAGCCUGGAGACAGAGCAGACAAGGACAAAGUCGCUGCCACCAAUGACCCAUGCAAAGUGCCUCUCUGGAGGAGCAUCCCGGAGGUGCACGGGCAGGAGGAGGAUGAAGGCAGAGGUGGUGCGUGUGGCUUGCCCUCAGCUGCGAGGGUCCUCUCGCGGGCACUGAAGCACGAGCUGGCCGGGGUGACGUCCCAGGUGGUGGACUCCGUCCUGAACACCAUGUGGCCGAAGGGAGCGGGCCACAUCCUGCAGCAGCACUGCAGCCUCCCAGUGCAGGGGCCAGGUGCCAGGAAAGAGUAUUUUGCUGCUGGGAAGUGCAGAAAGCUGCUUGCUAAGCCAUCCCCCAUGAAUGUGCUGGGUUCAUUGGGCUCAGCUCGGGCUGAGGGCCUGUCAGGAGCUUCAGGGAAGAGCCUGGGCUCUCAUGCUGGCUCCUUCAGUUCAAAGGGGAUGCAGGAGGCACUGACUCCCGGCCACUUGAAGAAGGCCAAGCUGAUGUUCUUCUUCACCCGCUACCCCAGCUCCACUCUGCUGAAAACCUACUUCCUUGACGUGCAGUUCAGCCGCUGCAUCACCUCCCAGCUCAUCAAGUGGUUCAGCAACUUCCGCGAGUUUUACUACAUCCAGGUGGAGAAGUUUGCCCGGCAGGCCCUCCUGGAGGGCGUCACGGAUGCCGGCACCCUCCGGGUCUCCCGGGACUCAGAGCUCUUCUGUGCCCUCAACACGCACUAUAACAAGGGAAACAGCUUUGAGGUGCCGGGGCGGUUCCUGGAGGUGGCCAGCCUGACGCUGCGGGAGUUCUUCAGCGCCGUCAGGGCGGGCAAGGAUGCUGACCCCUCCUGGAAGAAACCCAUUUACAAAAUCAUUUCCAAACUGGACAGUGACAUCCCAGAAGGGUUCAAAGCCACUGGCUGCUCCCAGGAACUGCUCCGCAGCUGA